UGCCUGCUCUAGUAUUUGAAACAGGUUAAGGUACACAUUUCUUUCCUCCUCAUUUUUUCUGCUGUGCUACAGGUCCUUCGCAGACAACACAGACCUGUCAUGGCAGCGGCACUAUAGUCACUGUCUUAUCUCCAGCCUUCAACAUCUUUCUUUACAACACCCUUCCUCCUUUUCCUUCUCCUCUUUCCUCUCUUGCUCUUACCUCCUCUCUCUUUCUUUGCCCCUCUCUCUCGUUGUCUUUCAGAAGUCUGAUGCUGGCUGUAUGGUUAAUUAAACCAAGUCAAUGAUUAAACAGUAGGCCACAGGCAGGCAUGCACGUAUGUUUCACUGUGUACUGACUAGGUUGCUGUGUGUGGAUACAUGCUUCUGUUUCCCAAAUAACUCAGCAUAUGUGUGCACUCUACUCUACACCCCCUUUAGCAGCAGCCACACCAUCCUUGAGGAAAGACCUGGCAGUUUUACCUUAUCGCAGACAGGUAGAGGAAGCAACUAUCAGCUAUUGCAAUAACAAACAAACAGCUACAAGUCAUACAGUUUAUCAAAUCCAAAUGCUAAACUUUAUCCAAAAGAGCAGCACAAAUAACAACAUACAAAGGAUAUUGAAAUAUUAAAAAUCAUAGAUAAAUAGACAAAUAGAUAGAUAUAUCUAUUGUAAAGUAUUUUAGACCUAAGAAGAAAACUUUAUUGUGCAGGAAUAUCUAUGUAGUUGCUUGUAUGCAUUAACAUCCACAGAUUAGUAUUCUGGUCAUCAUAUUUGAAAUAUACAAUUUAUCUUCAAGAAAUUUUCAAAAUCACAAAGUGUAAAUCAGGUACUAUUAAGUGGGACAGAGUUACUACAGUAUCACUUAUUGAAAGCUUGAAUAAAUUUAUGGUUCUGCUUUUGGUCAAAUCAAUGGAUAAUUCUAUAGAUGUAGGUGAAGUAGGACUAUAAUCUACAGGGCAUGUAACAUUUAUGGAGAAGACAUGGCUAACAGAAUUUAAAUUACACUGAAAAUACACAUACAAACCAAUUAAAAUGGCAAGCAGUGGUCCUCCAUCUGUUUUGGACAGACGCUCCCCUCAUCCAGACAGUAAACUUGUUGUUGAUAGGAUUACUCGUCGACGAAGUCCUGUACGUGCCAAUAAAGGACCAUGCAAUGAUGAAGUACACUCGCGCAUCGCACAACCAUACCGAACCAGCUUUUCUGCAGUUGUUUCUCUUCCACGUGUACGGAAGACAUCAAAUGAAGUUCUUGCGGCAAACCUUGCUCUAGAAAGAUCUCGUUCUGAUCAAGGUAGUGUCAGCUCAAAGAGUUCUCGUCGAGGUAUUAGCCCUCGACAUGUGAGAUAUGAUGACAACGUACGAGUUAGACAUUCAGAUACUGAAGACAGUUUAAUGACCAGUCUCAGUGGUCAAGAAUCUAGUUAUAGUCCUCUUGAAUCUCCACGAGACAGCUCUGAUAUAUUAUCUCCAAUUUCUGCAAUGUCAUCAGAAUCAGACAAAAGUUGUCCACAACUAAUUGUUCCCUCAACUGGAACAUUAACAAAUAAACCUAUUCACCAAGAAACUUUAAGAGGAAUCCGUAAGGGCUGUGAAAACAAUACGCUCCACCCAGGGGACAGAUUAACCCCAAAUAACAGUGUAAGCUUUCUACCCUCUGAAUCUUCAGUACAUGGUGGAGAUUCAGGAGUUAGUACAGAUGUUGACAGUCAACGAGAAAAAACCAGCAAAUUGAAUAUAAAUAAAGAUUAUGUUUAUGAUCGAACUAUCAGUUAUCGCAUGGCAAUCCAAGCUCAGUAUUCUGAUGAAGUAAAAAGACUUGCUGAAGCCAAAGUUGUUGAGAAAGCUCCUGAAGAAGAAGCCGAAGUUUCAAAUCCUGAACUGAAAAAAAGCGAGGUUUGUGCUCAAUCAUCUUUACCUUCCUCGCAGUCAAAUGACUCCCAAAAAUCUACUUCUCAAGGUGCAGAACCUAAGCGCAAUGAUGCACAUUUCUUGAGUCAUGCCAAGAAAUCUCUAAGUACUAGCAUGGGGAACUUUUUCCGGCGUCUCUCACCAAAUGUGAGGAGGCGAACAAAACAUCACAAGAGAAACUCAUCAACAGAAGGGAGCGCACAAAGCUUAAACACAAGUGAUUCAUGUUCUAUUGAAAGUGACCCUUCGGGACAUCCUGUCCACCGUUCGAAUAGCAAGAGCAGGCGAUCAUUCAUGAAAUUCUUUGGAAAAAUUCAUCAUCGAAAUAAAUCUCACAGCUUAAGAUCUGUAGGGGAUCGCAAACCAUCGAAAGAUGAUUUGGAAUGCUCACAGUCUCAAGACAUCAAACAGUUUGAUCCCUCUACUCAACGGAUUCUCAAAUCUAUUGAACAGAACUCUAUGUCAGAUAAAACUAUUUAUCAAAAAUUCAAAGCAAAACAACCUUCAAAUCACACAGCAGAUGCUGGUAACAAAAGUCAGGCUGUAAGGCCACUGCAAGCAACAAGCAAAACAUUGAAUAACAGUCCUUCUGGAGCAAAUCAAAAGAACAAAGAAAAUGAACUAAAGGCAAUGUCCCUUCCUUUGAAACCAUCUCUUGCUGAAGAGAAUGAACUCGAAGCCAAUGUGAGUCCACAGAGCAAUGCUAGCACAGCUGGAGCCGCUUCAUCUGUUUACGCAACUUCCUCUCUCUCAGAUCAGAACCAGUCUAUAGAUGAUUUUUCAUUGGCUGUUCACACACCAGGUAGCGAAGGGACUUUUGCAACAAGCCCUGGUUCUCAUACAAAUAAUGCUGCCAAAACACAUUUAAUAAACAAUGACUCACCAGGCUCCCUGGAUCUAGGUUCUCAAUCUGCUCCUGAUUCCUUUAUUGAUAUUCCCAGCCGAAAACCCUCCUAUCUAAAGCUUAGUUGUUCUGUGAGUGGUUAUGGCAAGUACAGUGUUUAUAGCUCCUACAAGGAUAUUGAAAGGCGCUCACCAUUCUCAAGCAGUUCUUCAUUAAAGGCAGAAUCCAGAUCAACAUCAUGUGAAAUGCCUGCCAUACAAUCAGAUAAUAAGGAAGUUACAAAAAGUAUUGAUGACAGUCCCUCUAAAGACAAAGAGCUGAAAGCUGACAUGGAUGGCUCUGUACCUGCAUCUUCCAAUGGCAUCGAUGGUAUACCUGAAUCUUCUGUUAUUAACAUCACAUCAACUGAAUCAUCUCAUGUGGAUGGAGACUAUUUCCUGAAACUAACACUGAAAGAAGAGGAAAAGUUAUCAAAACUAUGUGCUGAGACUGCAAAUGAUUUAGAUAAACACCAUCUACCUGAUGAUGUCAGCGGGAAGAUACGAGCUGCAAUUGGAAAAGCAAACCUACUUCAAAACAAAAAAUUUAAGCAGUUUCGAGAAUUAUGUCAGAAUUAUAUGACUCCAGUUUCUUCAGAAGAAGAUCACCCAACUAAGCUAGAAGAUCUACAAGGAUUCUGGGAAAUGGUACAAAUACAAAUUGAUGAUGUUUACGACAUGUUUGCCGAAAUAGAUUUAUUACGACAAAACGGCUGGAAAGAAGUGCAUUUUGAAUCUCGAAGAAGCUCCAGUUCCAGCCAGAAAUCAGCCAGUGUAAACAGUACACCAUCUCACACACCAGGAAACCACAUCACGAAUAGCUUACCUCCUAAAAUAUCCCCUGAUGGUCAUCUGAUGGUAAUGGAUGCCACAGGUAAGAUCACUUAAGCACUGCACCAAAUA